UGCGGGCGCGAUCGAGGCUGGAGGCGAGCAGGAAUGAGGCCAGGCCACGACUCGUCCUUCCCGAAAGAACUUUCCCACGGUCCCUCCGAGAGCUCAUGCUCCAAGAGGAAACACAACCAACAGAGUAGAAUGAUGCCACAAGGCCCCUGUCCCAGACUCGGAGCCCAGGGAAGGCUUCCUGGAGGAAGCAACAGCAACGACUUUGGACUUUGUUCCAAAGGCAUUGGGGCACCACUGAAAGGUUUUCAGCAAAGACGUGCUCUGCCAGGUUGUUGUGUUAAAAAGACCACUCUAGCUGUCUUUUGGGUAGUAGAUAAAAUGGCCCAGGAAGAACGCACAGAAUGAGAACAGGGCCUCAAACACAACAUCAUCGCCAACAAUAACAACCGAGUUAUUUCACAGCUAGAAAAGGAACUCACGAAAGAAACAAAGGAGGGACCACGGGGAUUAAAGAAAAACCGGAGAGAAUGUGGCAACCCUAAAUCAAGGGAAGAACGUUGCAAGAAGCAGAGUCAAGUGCUGCCCAGAGAAAGGGUAAGAUGGCAAUUGGACAUUGACGCUGUGUUUGGCAAUAGGAUUAUUGACGACCUUGUUGAAAGCAGCUUUAGAGGAAUAGAAGUUCCACUCGAUCAAAUCAAUCACAUCAGUGCUCAUCUGGCCCCUUUACUUACCACCUGCCUCUACACCGAUGUCUUCAAAGGUCUAGCUUCAGCCCAGACCUCUUUGAGCUCCACACCCAGAUACAACUGACCCCUUGAUAUCUCCAAGACCAACACUCUCCCCAUCCGAACCUCGGCAAAUGGUACCUCCCUUCUUCCAGUUGCACGGUCCCUCCAUGACAAACCCCCUUUUCCUCACCACCAGGCCUGUAUCUAACCCACUGCCACAUCCGGUCAUUUCUUUCUACCCACGUGUUCCUCUGUCUCCACUGCCAACAUCCAAGCUCAAGCCACCAUCUUCUCUCUCACCUGGACCACGGUGGCAGCCUUCUAGCUGGUUUCUCACCUCAACUUGGGUACCCCUCUAAUCUGUUCCCCACACAGCAGCUGGAGUCAUUGUCUGGCCACGCCCACGGCACGCAGGCAGGUCCCUGGCCAGAGGUCAGACCCAAGCCACAGCAGUGACACUGUUGGAUCCUUAACCCGCUAGGCCAUCAGGGAACUCCUGGAGUAAUCUUUUAAAAAUAUAAAGUUGAUCACUUCACUUCCUUGAUUCAAAUCCUUCGGUAGCUGCCAGGACUCUAAAGGUAGCAGAGUGCUGCUCUACCGGCAGGAUUCUAGUAGAAAGAAAGAGCGAAAGAACGAAAGAAAGAAGGAAGGAAGGAAAGAAAAUCCAAAUGCGGUGGAGGUGUGGGAUCCCCCAGCCCAGCUGAGGAGGUUGAAGCUCCAGCUCGGAUUCAACCCCUGGCCAGGGAACUUCCAUAUGCCACAGGUGCGGCCAUAAAAACACACACACAUACAUAAAUGUUGAUGGGAAGGAGCCAGAAGAGAGGGAGCUCAGCAGAAGGAGUGAGAGCCAUGAGGCUGCAGAAGGGAAUGGGACUUAGGGCAGGAGCCAGAAGAACCUGGGCCUGGUGGGUCUCAGACGUGAGCAGGCCCACCUCUUCUACGGCACAGGAAUGAAAGCUGACAUCUGUAGGUUUGGUGGCAGGAAGUCCUACUAAGACCUUUCCAUGAAUCUUGGUAACAUAAGCAGCAAGUCUGGAUUCUCCAAGAAGCUCAGCCUAUUUUACAGACAUCAUUCCAUUCACGCAAAAAGGAAGCAGACGUUUUCUUCAUCAUUGACUGUACUGACGCACUACAGAGCCAAAUAACAAGUUUCCAAAGCAACUCGGUAGCAGAGCUGAGAGCAGCGAUCUCCGUGUUCUCUUUAUUGAAUGAGCUUCCUCCUCAAAUUGGGCAACAGUAUGGUAAAAUGAUAAUGUGGUACAGUAAUGGCUGACACUGGUUAAGCGCUUUCUAUGUACAGGUGCUGUUCUAGUACUUUACCUGCAAUAAUGCAUUUGAUCCCCACAUUAUGAUACAGUUGAAGAUGAGGGAAACUGAACUCCAGGGAGGUUAAGUAACUUGCCCGAGGUCAACAACUGGAGGUGGCAAAACUAGGUUUUAUUUAUUUUUAAUUUUUCUUUUAGCCACCCCCAAGGAAGUUCCUGGGGCAGGGAUCAAACCCGAACCCCCACAGUGACCAGAGCUGCUGCAGUCGGCUUCUUAACCCCCUGUGUCACAGCAGGAACUCCCUCAUGAGGCUUUUAAAAGGACUAUGAAAUGACGAAAAGGGGAAAUCACUAUAUACCAGAUAUUAUUAUUAUGCUAAUCAUAAACCCUAGUAUCCUUGUCCUCUAGUUGGGUCAUAGUCUAAUAGGCGAUUGUGGAGACCCUCAGUUCCCAUAAGCAGGGCAGGAGCAGCAGAUGAUCUGAUUCUCAUCCCAUCAGCUUUAGCAUCCCUGACCAAGUCUCCUUGAUGACCAAAAGCACAUCUUGGUGCUCCCUUCCCCUGAAUCCACUCACUACUCCCUUUGGGAACAGGUGCAGCUUAUGCCCUCACUUCUUUGAUUGGGUUGCCUGAGGUGUGACUGUCAAAAAAUAAAUAGCCUGAAUUACAGUUAAUGGCGAAGUGUGGUGUGGAAAGUCAAGUUCCAGCUUGGUGGCAGAAUCACUGUUCCAGCUGAGUGGUGGAAUCUGACUAUCAGAGCUGGGAGAGAACUUCAAAGUCAUCGUUUAGUGCAACUAACACCUAGUCUAUAAAAUGGGUUGCCUCUCUCAACCCAUUUUAUAGACUAGGAAAACUGAGGCCAGGUAGGUGAGAUGACACCAAGGAGUAGGGCUUCUUUUAACCUUGAAAAUGUUUUGAGUGGGUUUAACCCAAACAAUUUCACCUUACCAAAAUCAUAUUUGGAGGUACUUUGAUUACUUAUAUAUUUGUUUCAGUUUGCAUACUUUUUCAGAAAGGAGCAAACUCCUAAAGUGCCAUUACCCAGAAAUAAAUAAAGCCUUAAACCAAUCAUUCAAGCAGAGUCCAUUCUUCACAUUGCCCUAACUUGGCCAUUUCAGGCAUUUCCCAGGUAGAAACAGGCCCACAUCUUCAGGGGCAGUAAAAUCUAAUGGUUAAAUUCAGACUGCUCUGUACCAAGCUCAAACUAGUAUUACUAGUUCAUCUCUGAGCUUAAUCUCCUAGGAUGAAAGAACUGUACCUACCUCCUAGAGCUGGCGUGUGUGUGUGUGGGGGGGGGAAGUCACACGAAAUAAUGCACUUUUAGUCCCUACCUGGCACUCUAUAACUUAAUUAUUUGGGCAUAAUUCCUUACUCUCUUAAGCAGCGAGCAGUUCACCUUGGUUAAUGACCUUAGCCCUUAGACCAUUCAGAUGCUACUUACACCAAGGAGAAACCCAGCUGUGCCAGGCCUAGAAAUGUCCGUCCCCACCCCCAUUCCCUUUUAAGACAGUGAGUAGGCCGGAAUUCUGGUUGAUAAAUGAGAGGAGCUGAGAAGGAGCCCAGAAGAGCUGCAGUGAUGACUGUUCCGAGAAUGUGAUCUGCGAGGAGGAGACGAAUCUCCACCACAUGUACCAUGGAGAUGCUUUGGAAAAGAGAGCCGGCCUACCUGCCCAAAGGAGGACCAGAGAGAGAAGGGAUGGAUGAAAGAAAUGCCUAAAGGGAGAUGGACUGACUGGAGGUGCCCAAGGAGGAAAAUCUGAAACGGAAAACAGAGGCUGAAUAUUGGGAAACAUUCUGGGCGGGAAUGAAAAGCCCAAAUCUAGGAACCUUGGACCUGAAGUCCCUUGCACCUCAUCACUGCUGCUUCCAGGGAAAUCCUUGUGUGUGUGAGGGAGAAAGGGGAGCGGCAGACAGUCCAGGCCCUCAGGAGCAAGAGGCCACCCACCACCAUGAGCAGCACCCUGUCGCCCACAGACUUUGACAGCUUGGAGAUCCAGGGCCAGUACAGCGACAUCAACAACCGCUGGGACCUGCCCGACUCAGACUGGGACAAUGACAGCAGCUCCGCCCGACUCUUUGAGAGGUCUCGAAUUAAGGCCCUGGCAGAUGAGCGAGAGGCUGUGCAGAAGAAAACCUUCACCAAGUGGGUGAACUCGCACCUGGCCCGGGUGACAUGCCGGGUGGGAGACCUGUACAGCGACCUCCGGGAUGGACGUAACCUCCUGAGGCUCCUCGAGGUGCUCUCGGGAGAGACGCUGCCAAAGCCCACCAAGGGCCGAAUGCGGAUCCACUGCCUGGAGAACGUGGACAAGGCGCUGCAGUUUCUGAAGGAGCAAAAAGUGCACUUGGAGAAUAUGGGCUCCCAUGACAUCGUGGACGGGAACCACCGCCUGACCCUCGGGCUGGUGUGGACCAUCAUCCUGCGAUUCCAGAUCCAAGACAUAAGCGUGGAGACAGAAGACAACAAGGAGAAGAAGUCAGCUAAGGAUGCCCUGCUGCUGUGGUGCCAGAUGAAGACGGCGGGGUACCCCAAUGUCAACGUGCACAACUUCACCACCAGCUGGAGAGAUGGGCUGGCCUUUAACGCCAUUGUGCACAAACACCGGCCAGACCUGCUGGAUUUUGAGUCCCUGAAGAAAUGCAAUGCACAUUACAACCUGCAGAACGCUUUCAAUCUGGCCGAGAAGGAGCUGGGACUUACAAAGCUGCUGGAUCCUGAGGACGUGAACGUGGACCAACCAGAUGAGAAAUCAAUUAUUACCUAUGUGGCUACUUACUACCAUUACUUUUCCAAGAUGAAGGCCCUGGCCGUGGAAGGCAAAAGAAUCGGCAAGGUGCUGGACCACGCCAUGGAGGCCGAGCGCCUGGUGGAGAAGUAUGAGUCCCUGGCCUCGGAGCUGCUGCAGUGGAUUGAGCAGACGAUUGUGACUCUCAACGACCGGCAGCUGGCCAACUCCCUGAGCGGGGUCCAGAACCAGCUCCAGUCCUUCAAUUCCUACCGCACCGUGGAGAAGCCACCCAAGUUCACCGAGAAAGGGAACUUGGAAGUGCUGCUCUUCACCAUCCAGAGCAAGCUGCGAGCCAACAACCAGAAGGUCUACACGCCCCGGGAGGGCCGGCUCAUCUCUGACAUCAACAAGGCCUGGGAGCGGCUGGAGAAAGCCGAGCAUGAGCGCGAGCUGGCCCUGCGCACAGAGCUGAUCCGCCAGGAGAAGCUGGAGCAGCUGGCCGCCCGCUUCGACCGCAAGGCCGCCAUGCGGGAGACCUGGCUCAGCGAGAACCAGCGCCUCGUGUCCCAGGACAACUUUGGGCUGGAGCUGGCAGCCGUGGAGGCAGCGGUGCGGAAGCACGAAGCCAUUGAGACGGACAUCGUGGCCUACAGCGGCCGGGUGCAGGCGGUGGACGCCGUGGCGGCGGAGCUGGCCGCCGAGCACUACCACGACAUCAAGCGCAUCGCCGCGCGGCAGCACAACGUGGCGCGGCUCUGGGACUUCUUGCGGCAGAUGGUGGCUGCCCGCCGGGAGCGGCUCCUCCUCAAUCUGGAGCUGCAGAAGGUGUUUCAGGACCUGCUCUACCUCAUGGACUGGAUGGAAGAGAUGAAGGGCCGGCUGCAGUCCCAGGACCUGGGCAAGCAUCUGGCUGGAGUGGAGGACCUGCUGCAGCUGCACGAGCUGGUGGAGGCAGACAUCGCCGUGCAGGCCGAGAGGGUGCGGGCUGUCAGUGCCUCUGCGCUGCGCUUCUGCCGCUCAGAAAAAGAGUACAAACCGUGCGACCCCCAGCUGGUGUCGGAGCGGGUGGCCGCCCUGGAGCAGAGCUACGAGUCGCUGUGUGAGUUGGCAGCGACUCGGCGGGCCCGGCUGGAGGAGUCCCGGCGGCUCUGGCGCUUCCUCUGGGAAGUGGGCGAGACGGAGGCCUGGGUGCGGGAGCAGCAGCACCUGCUGGCCUCCGCAGACACCGGCAGGGACCUGACCGGCGUCCUCCGCCUGCUCAACAAGCACACAGCCCUGCGGGGCGAGAUGAGCGGCCGGCUGGGGCCCCUGAAGCUCACGCUGGAGCAGGGCCAGCAGUUAGUGGCCGAGGGCCACCCUGGGGCCAGCCAGGCUGCCGCCCGCGCCGCCGAGCUCCAGGCCCAGUGGGAGCGGCUGGAGGCCCUGGCGGAGGAGCGCGCCCAGCGGCUUGCCCAGGCCGCCAGCCUCUACCAGUUCCAGGCCGAUGCCAACGACAUGGAGGCCUGGCUGGUGGACGCGCUGCGCUUGGUGUCGAGCCCUGAGCUGGGGCACGAUGAGUUCUCCACGCAGGCCCUGGCCCGGCAGCACCGGGCCCUGGAGGAAGAGAUCCGAGGCCACCGGCCAACCCUGGAUGCCCUGAGGGAGCAGGCUGCCGCCCUGCCUCCGGAGCUGAGCCGCGCCCCCGAGGUGCAGGGCAGGGUGCCCACCCUGGAGCAGCACUACGAGGAGCUGCGGGCCCGGGCUGGCGAGCGCGCACGUGCCCUGGAGGCGGCCCUGGCGCUCUACACCAUGCUCAGCGAGGCUGGGGCCUGCGGGCUCUGGGUGGAGGAGAAGGAGCAGUGGCUCAAUGGGCUGACCCUGCCUGAGCGCCUGGAGGACCUGGAGGUCGUGCAGCAGAGGUUCGAGACCCUGGAGCCCGAAAUGAACGCCCUUGCAGCGCGAAUUACUGCCGUGAAUGACAUUGCAGAGCAGUUGCUGAAGGCCAACCCCCCGGGGAAGGGCAGCAUUAUCAACACCCAGAAGCAGCUCAACCACAGGUGGCAGCAGUUUCGGUCCCUGGCAGAUGGCAAGAAGGCAGCUCUGACUUCAGCCCUGAGCAUCCAGAACUACCACCUGGAGUGCACGGAGACCCAGGCCUGGAUGAGAGAAAAGACCAAGGUCAUUGAGUCCACCCAGGGCCUGGGCAACGACCUGGCCGGGGUGCUGGCGCUGCAGCGUAAGCUGGCGGGCACCGAGCGGGACCUGGAGGCCAUCGCCGCCCGGGUGGGCGAACUGACCCGGGAGGCAAACGCCCUGGCUGCUGGCCACCCCGCCCAAGCCCCUGCCAUCAACGCCCGGCUUGGAGAGGUGCAGGCUGGCUGGGAGGACCUCAGGGCCACCAUGCGGAGGCGAGAGGAGUCGCUGGGGGAGGCGCGGCGGCUGCAGGACUUCCUGCGCAGCUUGGAUGACUUCCAGGCCUGGCUGGGCCGCACGCAGACCUCCGUGGCCUCUGAGGAAGGGCCGGCCACCCUGCCUGAGGCAGAGGCCCUCCUGGCCCAACAUGCAGCCCUGCGGGGAGAGGUGGAGCGGGCGCAGAGCGAGUACAGCCGGCUGCGGGCUGUGGGCGAGGAGGUGACCCGGGACCAGGCUGAUCCCCAGUGCCUCUUCCUGCGGCAGCGACUCGAAGCGCUGGGCACCGGCUGGGAGGAGCUGGGCCGCAUAUGGGAGAGCCGGCAAGGCCGUCUUGCCCAGGCCCAUGGCUUCCAGGGGUUCCUACGGGAUGCACGCCAGGCCGAGGGUGUGCUCAGCAGCCAGGAAUACGUUUUGUCUCACACGGAGAUGCCGGGGACACUCCAGGCUGCUGAUGCCGCCAUCAAGAAACUGGAAGACUUUAUGAGCACCAUGGAUGCCAACGGCGAGCGGAUCCGCGGGCUCCUGGAAGCUGGGCGCCAGCUGGUGUCUGCGGGCAACAUCCAUGCCGAGAAGAUCCAAGAGAAGGCCGACUCCAUAGAGAGGAGACACAGGAAGAAUCAAGAAGCAGCGCAGCAGCUUUUGGGCCGUCUUCGGGACAAUCGAGAGCAGCAGCAUUUCUUGCAAGACUGUCACGAGCUGAAACUCUGGAUUGACGAGAAGAUGCUGACAGCCCAGGAUGUGUCCUAUGACGAGGCCCGCAACCUGCACACCAAGUGGCAGAAGCACCAGGCGUUCAUGGCUGAGCUGGCCGCCAACAAGGACUGGUUGGACAAGGUGGACAAGGAAGGGCGGGAGCUGACUCUCGAGAAGCCAGAGCUGAAAGCGCUGGUGUGGGAGAAGCUGGAGGAGCUGCACAGGCGCUGGGACGAGCUGGAGACCACCACCCAGGCCAAAGCCCGCAGCCUUUUUGAUGCCAACCGAGCAGAGCUGUUUGCCCAGAGCUGCUCGGCCCUGGAGAGUUGGCUGGAGAGCCUCCAGGCCCAGCUGCACUCCGACGACUACGGCAAGGACCUCACCAGCGUCAACAUCCUGCUCAAGAAGCAGCAGAUGCUGGAAAGGGAGAUGGCUGUGCGGGAGAAGGAGGUGGAGGCGAUCCAGGCUCAGGCUCAGGCGCUGGCACAGGAGGACCAGGGUGCAGGGGAGGUGGAGCGGACCUCGAGGGCCGUGGAGGAGAAGUUCAGGGCCCUGUGCCGGCCCAUGAAGGAGCGCUGCCAGCGCCUGCAAGCCUCUCGCGAGCAGCACCAGUUCCACCGGGACGUGGCAGAUGAGAUAUUGUGGGUGACAGAGCGGCUACCCAUGGCUAGCUCCAUGGAACACGGCAAGGACCUGCCCAGUGUCCAGCUCCUCAUGAAGAAAAACCAGACCCUGCAAAAGGAGAUACAGGGUCACGAGCCUCGGAUCGCGGACCUGACAGAGCGGCAGCGCGCUCUGGGUGCGGCCGCAGCAGGCCCGGAGCUGGCUGAGCUGCAGGAAAUGUGGAAGCGCCUGGGCCACGAGCUGGAGCUCCGAGGGAAACGACUGGAGGAGGCCCUGCGGGCGCAGCAAUUCUACCGCGAUGCCGCAGAGGCGGAGGCCUGGAUGGGAGAGCAGGAGUUACACAUGAUGGGCCAGGAGAAAGCCAAGGACGAGCUGAGUGCCCAGGCAGAGGUGAAGAAGCAUCAGGUAUUGGAACAAGCCCUGGCCGACUACGCCCAGACCAUCCACCAGCUGGCAGCCAGCAGCCAAGACAUGAUUGACCAUGAGCACCCAGAGAGCACGCGGAUAUCCAUCCGCCAAGCCCAGGUGGACAAGCUGUACGCCAGCCUGAAGGAGCUGGCGGGAGAGCGGCGGCAGCGCUUGCAGGAGCACCUGCGCCUGUGCCAGCUCCGCCGUGAGCUGGAUGACCUGGAGCAGUGGAUCCAGGAGCGAGAGGUUGUGGCAGCCUCACACGAGCUGGGCCAGGACUACGAGCACGUGACCAUGCUGCGGGACAAAUUCCGCGAGUUCUCCCGGGACACGAGCACCAUUGGCCAGGAGCGGGUGGAUGGCGCCAACGCCUUGGCCAAUGGGCUCAUCGCUGGGGGCCAUGCUGCCCGGGCCACAGUGGCUGAGUGGAAGGACAGUCUCAACGAGGCCUGGGCUGACCUGCUCGAGCUACUGGACACGCGGGGUCAAGUGCUGGCAGCUGCCCACGAGCUGCAGCGCUUCCUGCAUGGGGCGCGCCAAGCCCUGGCACGGGUGCAGCACAAGCAGCAGCAGCUUCCCGACGGGACCGGCCGAGAUCUCAACGCAGCUGAGGCCCUGCAGCGCCGGCACUGUGCCUUUGAGCACGACAUCCAGGCCCUCAGCGCCCAGGUCCAGCAGGUGCAGGACGACGGCCACCGGCUCCAGAAGGCCUAUGCCGGAGACAAGGCGGAGGAGAUCGGCCGCCACAUGCAGGCUGUGGCCGAGGCCUGGGCGCAGCUUCAGGGAAGCUCUGCUGCCCGCCACCAGCUGCUGCUGGACACCACGGACAAGUUCCGCUUCUUCAAGGCUGUCCGGGAGCUGAUGCUGUGGAUGGAUGGGGUGAACCUGCAGAUGGACGCCCAGGAGCGGCCCCGGGAUGUGUCCUCCGCAGACCUGGUCAUCAAGAACCAUCAAGGCAUCAAGGCAGAGAUAGAGGCCAGGGCUGACCGCUUCUCCUCUUGCGUCGACAUGGGGCAGGGCCUGCUCGCCAGGAGCCACUAUGCGGCUGAGGAGAUCUCAGAGAAGCUGUCUCAGCUUCAGGCACGGCGCCAGGAGACAGCCGACAAGUGGCAGGAGAAGAUGGACUGGCUCCAGCUUGUUUUGGAGGUGCUCGUGUUUGGGAGAGAUGCAGGAAUGGCGGAGGCCUGGCUGUGCAGCCAAGAGCCACUGGUGCGAAGUGCUGAGUUGGGUUGCACAGUUGACGAAGUUGAGAGCCUCAUCAAGCGGCACGAGGCCUUCCAGAAGUCUGCAGUGGCCUGGGAGGAGCGUUUCAGCGCCCUGGAGAAGCUCACCGCGCUGGAGGAGCAGGAGAAGGAGCGGAAAAGAAAGAGGGAGGAAGAGGAACGGAGGAAACAGCCUCCUGCUCCAGCGCCCACAGCCAGUCUGCCUGCAGGGGACCUGGUGGACAGCCACGCAGCCCCUGAGGCUACUUGGGACGGAGCCCACCCCCGCCUACCAGCAUCCUCACAGCCAGCCAGCGUGAACGGAGUCUGCACAGAUGCCGAAUCCCCCCAGCCCCUGAUGGAACAACAGAGACUCGAGCAGGGCAGCUUCCCAGAAGGGCCUGCCUCUGGUGCUGGCGACGAAGCCAACGGGCCACGAGGAGAGAAGCAGACGCGGACAGGGGGCCCAGCCCCUCCUGUAAUGCCCCAGAGCAGGUCGUCCGAGUCAGCCCGAGUUGCCACGUUGCCCACUCGAGGCCCGGAGCUCUCUGCCCAGGAACAGAUGGAGGGGAUGCUGUGCCGCAAGCAGGAGAUGGAGGCCUUCGGCAAGAAGGCCGCCAACAGGUCAUGGCAGAACGUGUACUGUGUCCUGCGGCGCGGGAGCCUUGGCUUUUACAAGGACGCGAAGGCAGCCAGCGCCGGAGUGCCCUACCACGGGGAAGUGCCUGUCAGCCUGGCCAGGGCCCAGGGCAGCGUUGCCUUCGACUAUCGAAAGCGCAAGCAUGUCUUCAAGCUGGGCUUACAGGACGGGAAAGAAUACCUAUUCCAGGCCAAGGACGAGGCAGAGAUGAGCUCGUGGCUGCGGGUGGUGAACGCGGCCAUUGCCACUGCCUCCUCUGCCUCUGGAGAGCCUGAAGAGCCAGCGGUGCCCAGUGCCACCCGGGGCAUGACCCGGGCCAUGACCAUGCCCCCGGUAUCACCGGUCGGGGCUGAGGGACCUGUCGUACUUCGCAGCAAGGACGGCAGGGAACGAGAGCGAGAAAAGCGCUUCAGCUUCUUCAAGAAGAACAAGUAGUAGAGGCGAGACUCCCGGCCAACUCCCUCCCUCUGUCCAGGAAACUGCCAGGGACGUCGACAGGGACCACCCUCUUGUUGGGACAACUGCCUGCUGCUAGGGUCUGUUGCCAAGGUCAACCCAUCACCAGGAACUGUCUCUGGGGACAAGUCCGUGUUCCCAAGGGCAGCCCUUUUCUUCCGCUAUUUAAUUCCAGACUGGUGGUGGGACCCAGGCAACCCCCGAUUCCACUCCCUCCGUUCCCCCCUCUCCCCCAGCCUUACGCCUCCACCCCCACCACAGCGCGCACAGCGCUGCGCCCUCAACGUAGGCCAUGCGGGGAAUGGCUGUCCCCCCCCUCAGGGCCCUCCUCCCGCCACAGCUAGGGCACGCCAUCCAUUCCUUGCCCCUGGGGACCAGCCAGGAACCUCAAAGAGCUGAAGCAGGACCUGGGGGCAAGUUUGCCAGGUGACGAGUCAGAGAUGCUGAAGCUCCCCCACCCCGCCCUUCCUCAUCCUCUGGCUCAAGCGGCCCCUCCAUCUCCAGCGAUUCUCAACAGCUUCCAGGUGUGAGUUGUUCAGGGGCAACCACAGCCUUGAGUCUGGCCAAGGAGGUGAUUAAACAGCUCAGCUUCUCUUAC